AUGAGCCUGCUUUCGCAAGCUCAGAGGCAAUCGUGCUUGUGCUCGAAUCUUUGCCACUGGAUGCCCAACCGCGCGAAUCAACAAACCAAUCAUUGGGUGAUGCACGAGCGCGCAUGGACGGCUCGAUGCGAAUUCGUUUUUGUUUUUUUUUUCUUUGAGGGCGUAAGUGACCUCGAGGGCGACCGCCAAGGCACAGAGGCGGGGGCGCUGCUCCUCGCGGCGGGCUGUCGGCGAGUGCCCCGCCUGCCGUGGUUGCCGGCUCUGACGCCCAGCGGCCCCGACGCGCCUGUUCUGGCGUUCUGA